UGGGUUGCUGCUGGGGGCGGGACCUAACCUGUCACUCAAGGGUCGCUUGGUGGAGAGAAGGCUGCUUGUUUAAACAGCGGGACAAAAGUAUUUGUGAAAAUGGGUUAUGACAUUGAGCGUUUUGUGGGUUACGUAAAUGAAGGACUGCUAUGCUCUAUCUGCCGAGAUGUUUUGGAAGAGGCGCUGCAGGCUCCUUGCGAACAUGCCUUCUGCACUUCCUGCAUACAUGGGUGGCUUGUCCAUCACAGCAACUGCCCAGAGGAUCGCCAGCCACUUGAUCUAACUGUCCUUCGGCCGCUUUACAGAUAUAUGAAGAACGAUCUGAAUCGGCUCCAGCUUCAUUGUAGAAACAGAGAAUGUGGCUGUGAAAUGGUGUGUUCUUUGGAAUCCAUCAGCCGACAUGAACGCGAGUGUGAAUACAGCCAGAUUCCCUGCUCAAACACUGGUUGCCCAGUUCAAGUUGAGCGACGCCACUUGCACAGCCACUUGGCAGUGUGUGAGUAUCGGAGCCGUGAGUGCCCCAAUGGCUGUGGGUAUGCCAUGCUCAGCACAGACAGCAGUGCACAGCACAACUGUGUUGCAGAGCUGAGGACAGAGCUAGAGCUGCUCAGGUCAGAGAUGAUCUACCGAGUGGAAGAAGCAAAACAUGAGAUGGAAUCUCGCUUAGAUUCUCAAAGGAGGCAUAUGGUGCAAAAAGAGAGCCUUUUGCAAAAUGAAAUUGAAGAGUUAAAGAGUCAGGUGUCUAGAAUGAUGUCCGACAUACAGACGCUGAUGUCGACAGAAAGGCAGCACCGUCAGCAGCUGGAACAGGCUGAGCUGGAGAAACGGGAACUGCUGGAGUUAAUGAAGGGUCUCCAGAAAGACUACCGAUUGACUAGGGAUGGAAGCAAGAAAGCAACAAACCUCCGACCUCUGACACGACUGGAAAGUUUGAAACGCAAGCCCCGGGAGGUGACUGUCAUAUGAGCAGAAAGCACUUUUCAAACACUUGUUUUUGGUGAACAGCUGGAACAACUGGAAUUCAAAACCCUCCUCAAUCUGUAUUUGAACUUACUACUGGAGAGAAAAGCUGAUAAGAAAAGC